CCCACCCACCGUGGUCGUCACGUGGGCGAUGACGCUGCUGCUGGUGGGUGGAGCUGCAGCGUGUGCAGCCCGCAGGCAGAGACGAGACUACCUCGCCACGGGUGACUUCAACGUCUCCACAAUGAACGAGGAAGGCUACGAUGAGCCGGCACCGGCGACGGCGAAUAUUCAUUCCGCAAACCUCACGGUCGGCUUCAUCGGCGCGGGGAAAAUGGCAAUUUCCCUGGCCAAAGGGAUUUUAAAGCGAGGAAUUGUAAAAGCUGACCGCAUCCUGGCGAGCGCGCCGACCGACCGCUCCACUGGUCUCUUCACGGAGGCUGGAAUGAAGACGACAAGAGACAACGGAGAGGUGGUCCGGGCCUGCAAGGUUGUCUUCAUCGCCACGAAGCCGCCAGUCGUCAAGGCCGCGUUGGCUGACAUUCGCGCAGAGGUGACGGGAGACCACCUGAUCGUUUCCAUCGCGGCUGGCAUCACGAUCGCAACCUUGGAAAAGGUAAAACUAUAUUUGGGUGCGCACGUGGUGCGGCUGAUGCCCAACACGGCGUGCCAGGUGGGAGAGGGAGCCAUGGUGUUUGCCCGCGGGCGCAGCACGACGCCGGAGGAGGCGCUGCUCCUGCAGGAGCUGCUGUCGCACUGCGGCAUGUGCCUCGCGGUGCCCGAGCCCUACAUCGACAUCCACACGGGAAUGAGCGGGAGCGGCAUCGCCUACGCGUACAUGUUUGCGGAGGCGUUGGCGGAUGGAGCCGUGAAGAUGGGGAUGACGAGGGCGGUGGCUGGCGACAUCGCGGCCCAAACCUUGCUGGGCGCUGGAAGAAUGCUUUUGCAAACCAAGGCGCAUCCAAGUCAGCUGAAGGACGACGUCUCGUCUCCUGGAGGAACCACAAUAUACGGGAUACACGAACUGGAAAAGGGGAACUUCCGAUCCACAGUCAUUAAUGCCGUGGAAACGGCAACGGCCAGAGCCAACCAUCUGGGAAAGCAGUAGGACUUGAAUUGAAAUGUUUACAAGCAAUUACAACUCGCAUUUAAGUGCUGGCAGUACGGUGCCUGGGCUUUAAUGUUGCAAAAGUGAAGAAAAUCUGACUUUACAAAGGUGGAGAUGCCGUACAAACCGCGUUCGUCGUUUCGUUCGUCGUUAAAGUUGAGUGAUGAGAAUAAACGCUGAUUAUGACA